CAAUCACCAGUGGUAAUGGUCUGGCUCCACCGGAGGGGGCAGCAGUGCGCCACGAAAGAUACCAACCUCCGUAAAAAACCCACAAAGAAGAAGAAGCAGCUGUUUACCCACAAUUCCCUCAGCAGUAUGGCGGAUAACAGGGAUCGAGCCCUGCAAGAUUACCGGAAAAAAUUGCUUGAACACAAAGAAGUAGAUGGCCGAUUAAAAGAACUAAGAGAGCAACUACGAGAACAAACAAAACAAUAUGAGAAGUCAGAAAACGACCUCAAGGCUCUGCAGAGUGUUGGCCAGAUUGUUGGAGAAGUCCUCAAGCAGCUGACCGAAGAGAAGUUCAUAGUCAAGGCCACCAAUGGUCCUCGAUAUGUGGUUGGAUGCCGCAGACAGUUGGACAAGUUGCAGCUAAAGCCAGGGACCCGAGUUGCUUUAGAUAUGACAACGCUAACCAUAAUGAGGUAUCUGCCACGAGAGGUGGACCCUCUGGUGUACAAUAUGUCCCAUGAGGACCCCGGCAGUGUCUCCUACUCUGAAAUUGGUGGAUUGUCUGAACAGAUCCGUGAGCUGAGAGAGGUGAUUGAGUUGCCCUUGACCAACCCUGAGCUUUUCCAGAGAGUUGGAAUCAUCCCACCCAAAGGCUGCUUGCUCUAUGGGCCUCCAGGAACUGGAAAGACUUUACUGGCGAGAGCAGUGGCUAGUCAGCUGGACUGUAACUUCCUUAAGGUGGUGUCUAGCUCUAUUGUUGACAAGUACAUUGGUGAGAGCGCCAGGCUCAUCAGAGAAAUGUUCAACUACGCCAGGGACCAUCAGCCUUGCAUCAUCUUCAUGGAUGAGAUUGACGCCAUUGGUGGUCGGCGUUUCUCUGAGGGAACUUCUGCUGACCGAGAGAUACAGAGGACUUUGAUGGAGCUGCUCAACCAAAUGGACGGCUUUGACACACUGCAUAGAGUUAAGAUGAUCAUGGCGACCAACAGACCAGACACUCUGGACCCCGCCCUGCUGCGACCCGGCAGACUCGACCGCAAAAUCCACAUUGAACUGCCCAAUGAACAAGCUCGUCUGGACAUCCUGAAGAUCCACUCCAGUCCUAUCACCAAGCACGGAGAAAUAGAUUAUGAAGCCAUUGUGAAGCUGUCAGACGGAUUCAAUGGAGCUGAUCUGAGAAAUGUCUGCACAGAAGCAGGCUUGUUUGCCAUCCGCUCUGACAGAGAGUACGUCACUCAAGAGGAUUUCAUGAAGGCGGUGCGAAAGGUGGCAGAUUCAAAGAAGCUGGAGUCCAAGCUGGACUACAAGCCUGUAUAAACCUACAUUUUCUUACAUUUGAUGUGUUAUAUAACUUCAGGCCAGCCGUUUGGAGAAGGUUGAUUGUAGUCUCUGCCAAAUGUUAGUCUGACCUGGCCGCAGUACGUAUGAGGAUAAAAAACAUCUGCUUCAUGUCCUACAAAAACAUUCACUGUACGGCAAUAAAAUGUUCUACUGAAAGCCCUCA